AUGCUCGACCACUGCUCAAUAUUUCACAAGGGCGGUAUCGUCCUCUGGUCCAAAUCAUUCACGCCCACCGCUGCGCAGGUCGCGUCAUCGUCAGCGUCUCCGGUCAACUCGCUCAUUCGGGAAGCUCUCAUCGAAGGCAGAGCCGCGGAAGCGAGCUACGACAAAGAUGGCUACGCUCUCAAGUGGUCGUUCAUGAACGAUUUGGAGCUCAUCUUCGUUGUUGCAUAUCAACGCAUUCUUCAACUUACGUAUGUGGAUGAGCUGCUCGCGGUUAUGAAGACACUCUUCAUCAAGAUGUUCGAGCCGUUCCUCACCACAUUCGUCGCUUCUUUACAUGCCACGAGUUCUGGGCAACUUGCCUCCGGUACCUUGGGCGUCACACCCGCGUCUUGGAGCUUUGCAAAGGCUUUUGAGGGCUGGGAUGCGAUGUUUGACAAGGUGCUGAGGGGACUCGAGGAUAAGGCUGCCCAGGAACGCAAGUCGCGUAUCCGACCGAUGACUCGCGUUGUCGCGAAUCCAAGCCCUCCCUCUGACGACCAGAGCACAAUACCUUCGAACACGGACUCGACUUCUGUGGACGAGCAAGCGAUUGCUAGGAAUGUCCAAGCAUUGAAGAACCGCCUGCGCGGCCGUGGUGGCGGAGGAAGGCGAGGGUCCGGACGAGGGCCUAUCGCCCGCACAGAGUCCGGAAGUGGCAGGGACAGCGUACCAAAUUCAGAUUCGGAGAUGACCCCGUCCAAACGCAAGCCAAAAGCCAAAGAGCAGCGCAGGUGGGGUGACUCCGCACCCACCGAAUCGGACAUGGCCACCCUCGACUUCAGCGUAGACAAACAGAGUGACGCCGCGGGACCGUCGUCUCUCGAUCUGCAGGCGCUCGUCGACCAGACGUCCCUCGGCACGCGCACUACUGACGGACUCUAUGAAGUCAAGGACUGGGAGUUUAUGGAGAAGGACGGCUCCGGGUCCGACUCGGACUUCGUCUCUGCUGCGCUGAAGUCGAGCAUAGACAAAGAGCGGGAGGAGAAGGGUGGGGGUAUGGGGCUGUUCGGGUCGAUGUUUGCGCGUUUGACAGGGAGCAAGGUGUUGACGGAGGAGGACCUGAAGCCGGUAUUGGAAGCGAUGAAGCAGCACUUGAUGAAGAAGAACGUGGCGAAGGAAAUUGCGGACAAGGUAUGCGAGGGCGUUGCGGAGGGCUUGAUUGGAAAGAAGAUCGGUGGCUUCCAGACCACGAACGCGGCUUUCCGGCAAGCUCUCUCCAACUCGCUCACCCGUAUUCUUACGCCCAAGACCUCUACCGACCUAUUACUCUCCAUCCGCACCAAGCUGUCGUCGCCGUUGCCGUCAACUCAGCACAGACUGCCCUACAGCAUCACGUUCGUGGGCGUGAACGGUGUCGGCAAGAGCACGAACCUGAGCAAAGUCUGCUUCUGGUUGAUCCAGAACGGGUUCCGGGUGCUGAUCGCAGCUUGCGAUACAUUCCGGAGCGGCGCUGUCGAACAACUCCGUGUGCAUGUCCGCAAUUUGGGUAUGCUCGGCGUGAACGGCAAUGGCCCGACAGGUAGCAAAGGCGGUGUGGAACUCUUCGAAAGAGGAUACGGGAAAGACGCCGCGGGGAUCGCGAAAGAGGCGAUCACAUACGCUAAGGACAACGACUUCGAUGUCGUACUCAUCGACACCGCCGGCCGUAUGCAGGACAACGAACCCCUCAUGCGUGCGCUGGCCAAACUGGUUGCCGUGAACAACCCGGAUAAAAUCCUUUUCGUCGGCGAGGCCCUUGUCGGUAAUGAAGCAGUCGAUCAGUUGCAGAAGUUCGACCGCGCCUUGCGUGAUUUCUCCUCUGCGUCCGGUGGUGCCGGGAAAGGACGCGGCAUCGACGGCAUGAUCGUGACGAAAUGGGAUACCGUUGACGAUAAGGUUGGGGCGGCGCUGUCGAUGACUUAUGUGACGGGACAGCCCAUCGUGUUUGUCGGCACUGGCCAGACCUAUACUGACUUGAAGCAGCUAAGAGUUGCCAAUGUCGUACAAGCCAUUAUCAACGACUAGAGGGUUGCUAUGCGAGACCCAGUGCCUAAUACGUGGUUGAGGGUAGGAAUUGUUCUUGCUCAUGUAGUCAUACCGUAAUUCUAUUGAAUGGUAAAUGGG